AUGUCUAAGGUUGUUCCAACCCCAACGCAACAUGAUGAUGAACUAUUGUCAUCAAGUCAACACCAUCAUGACGAUGAAGAAUCUCUUCUUUUUAAAGAGAAAAAGAAACGUCCUGCAAUUCUAUCGUGCCUCUUGUCUGUUCGUUUGUUCUUGAUUGUGGUCAUUACUCUUGUCGUUCUUACCACAGCAGUGUCCAUUUGGCUCACCAGCUAUUUGGUCAACGAGCAAGCUUCUUUAGAAUCUGUUGAGAUCCUUAUUCAAAAUAUCAAUGAAAAAGUUCACAGUUUCCUGAAUGGACAGCUUGUACCUGCUAAACAAGUGGCUGAUCAAGUUGCCUAUGACUAUCAUUAUGGAUAUAUUGAUGUUGCCGAUUCCAUUCGCAAUUACCUCUACUCCAAAUUAAAAGUGUAUGAAAUUACCUUGGUGAACAUUUGUUUUGGAAAUUAUGGAUUGAAUAUGCUUCAAACUGUGACCAUUGGUCCCGUAGGACAAUGGGUCUGGGCCAAGAAAAUGCCUGGCGAGAAUUUGCUAUCUUGGGAGUUAGACCCCAACACUGGUAUUAUUACAAAACCUUAUGUUUUGAAUUUUACUGUUUAUAAUGUUGCCAAGGUGGAUUAUUACAUUGAAUCCAUGAGCUUGCUCAAAGACAAUCCAAAUGGCGCUUUUGGAAACGUUUAUCAAGUGAUUAAUUCAUCCAUGCAAACAUAUUGGUCUACACCAGUCUAUAAUCGUACGGAUCUCUCAACCAAACAAGUGAUUGGUAUUGUAAAAGUGAACAUUGCUUUGGACUUAAUUGCCAAAUUUUUAGCAUCUUUGAAAGUGCUAGACCGUGGCUAUAUCGUUCUGUCCGAGUUCAGUAACGGCUAUGUUCUGGGAAGUUCUUUAGAGAUUCCUGGUUUGCAAUUUAAGAGAAUCAACGCCUCAAGCAUCACAGCAAGAAACGCAGGAGAAGUGAUGAAACAAGUCAUGUCUCAACAAAACGACCAAGUUCAAUUUACUACAACUGUGGCAGGUGUAAAAUAUCUUGUUUCUAGCAAGCCCUAUACUUUUUAUAACAUUAGAUGGAGAAUGACACUAGUGUUCGAAGACAAUGAAAUUAAGGAAGCUAUUAUCACAAGUAGUUAUAUUAUUUUGGGAGUGACCUGUGGAGUUGCAUUAAUUGGUGUCAUUGUGAGUGCAUUGAUUGGUUAUAUUGUCACAAAUCCAUUUGUGAAAUUGCAACAAGACUUUAAAAAGAUAGAAGUACUUGAUUUGAUCAAUAUCAAACCUCGUUCCUCCAUUUUCUCUGAAGCUAAAAGCAUUUACUCAAGCUUGACAGACACAGUGAGUUGGUUGAGCGAGUUCAGAGCAUUUUUGCCUGACUCUGUAUUAAAUCAACUUGAGAAUAGUAAGGCACAGAAUCACCUUGAUACUCCACAAACAUCCAUGAAAGCGGUCGGUGACAAGAAAAAUAAGCCAUCCAAUGACAAAAAAACGGAUUCUGAGAUGGGCUCUCAUGCAUCUUCACAUUCUCGUAGCCUGAUGGAAGAGACACAAUCAAAGCUUGCAGAGAGUAUGCUCAAAAGAAAUCAACAAGCAAACAUGUUCAAGCUUGGGUUGUCCUUUAAGGAAUGUUGUGUUCUUAAUAUGACCAUUCUAAACUUGAAUGAACAAGAAUUUGAAGAUCCCGAAAUAUUGAAUCAGACAGUGUCGAAAGUAUUGACUGGAAUUUCAACUAUUUGCAAGACAGUAAGAGGAGAUUUGCAAAUCAAGUCGUACAAUGAGUUUAGUGUCAUAUUUGCUGAUCGACCAAAAGUGAGUCUAGUUGGUCUCGACUGCUCGAUGAAGAUUUUAACAGGAAUCGGACAUUUGAAUCAACAAUUACAGAAACAAGGUCUUUCAACAUUGAAAAUUGGCAUUGGUGUCAGUAGUGGUGAUAGUUUGCUCGGAAAUGUUGGAAACAAACAAUUGAGGUAUUUUACCUUAAUUGGAUCUGUUGUGAAUCGUGCAAGAGAUUUAUGUUUCCUCAGUCAAGAAUUAGAUGUACCAGUGGUUGUUGACAGAGCCACACAAAAGGCUGGAGACGAUGAAUAUGUAUUCAGACCAGUCGAAAGAUAUUUGGAAGGCUCCAAAGGAAUAUCCACUGUGUAUGGUUGUUUGAAUAGAAAACGUAUUGAAAAUGAUGAAUGGCUCUACGAAUUAGAUAAGCAAAAUCAAAACGCCAAAUUCAAAGAGUACUCGGAGCACUUUAGCAAAUUGUUCGAGAAGGAUGACAUCAAAGAGGACGAGAUUGCAACCACUAGAGAUUUCUUGUCUAUUUCUGCUGCUCAAAUGCCCUCUGACAAGGUGAUUGCAAGACUUAAUCGAGUGAUAGAAGCCAUGAAUCAGGAACGAAAACAAUUGUCACAAGCAAAACUUUAUCAUUCGAAAGUGAGAACUGUUCUGAAUGGAUUUAUGGAAAAUUCUAAUGAGCCGUUGUUAUUGUAA